AUGUCUAUCGAAGAAAUCCCAGCCGGUGCUGACGUUAACGUCAUCCCAAAGAACGAAAAGAAAGCCAGAGAAAUCAUCAAAAAAUUAGGUUUAAAACAAGUUAAAGGUAUUACCAGAGUUACUUUCAAACAAAGAGGUAACUUAAUUUACGCCAUUGAUCAACCAGAUGUUUACAAGUCUGCUGCUGGUACUUAUGUUGUUUUCGGUGAAGCUAAAGUUGAUGACAUCAACAAGAGAAUUGCUGAAGCUCAAGCUCAACAAGGACACGAAGGUCAUGACCACUCUCAUGAAGAUAAAACUCCAGAAAGUAUUAACGCUGAUUUACAAAAAUUAGCUCUUGAUAAUGAAACUAAAUCAGCCACUAUUGAAGAAGAAGAAGGUGAUGCUGAUGAAUCUGGUUUAGAUGCCAAGGAUAUUGAUAUCAUUGUUGAACAAACCCAAGUUUCAAGAGCUAAAGCUGUUAAAGCUUUAAGAAAACAUGAUGGUGAUAUGGUUAAUGCUAUCAUGGAAUUAUCUUCUUAAAUAAGAUAAAAAAUAUUUGUAUAUACAUAUUUAAUAACAUAGAU